UAUGUUACAGUCCUGUUGGUUUGCUACAAUAAAGUGUCCGGAAGAUAAGUGUUACCUUGGUUACGUUGUAACCGUCUUCUAGGCCCGGUGUGGCUGCAGUGCCAUAAACCUCCGGGGAGCCCAUACAACGAUUUUCUUGCUAUGUGAAAGCAACCGAUUUGUCUAAAAAUGGGUGACAUUUUGGCAUACGAGGCCGAUUUACUUGGAUUAGUAAAAGAAUUUCUUAAUUACGGAGAAUUCCAUGAGACCCUCAAAAGCUUUUCAAAGGAGUGUAAGGUUAAAGGAAAACCAAUUCCCAGAAGUGAUGGCUCUGUCACAAGGGAUUCAAGGACUUUACUUAUACAGAAAGACCUCCUCACUGCUUUUGAAGAUGGAGACCGACAAACAUUCUUUGAGAAGUGGAAUGAACAUGUCCCGCUAGAGACCCGCAGCAAUGAUCCUUUGGCACAAAAGCUAGAAUUUUACCUUCAUAUCCACUUUGCCAUAUUUCCCUUAAAAAAUAACACAGGGCGGAUUGACCGUGCUGACUGCGAAGAGCGGAUUUCUCAUUUUAAAACCUACUUGGAAACCAGUGGAGCGGCGCUGAGCCAGACGACAGAAUUCCUUCCAUUCUAUGCCCUUCCCUUUGUUCCUAAUCCAGCCGCUCAUCCAUCCUUCAGAGACCUUUUCCAGGAUUCUUGGGCUCCUGAGCUAAAGUCUAGGUUGGAGAAGUUCCUAUCGAUGACUCUUAAGGCUGGAAGUACUCCUCGUCUUGUUACACUAUAUAAAGAGAGUGGCCAGAACAGCAAAGAGGUGCAGUUUCAGCAGCAGUUGGCAGAAGCGGAGCACAGAGCCAUCACCUACAUGAAACGCUUCAAUAAGAUGCAGGCUGACUACCACAACCUGAUCGGGGUCACCGCCGAGCUCGUUGACUCUCUUGAGGCAACAGUCAAUGGAAAGCUGAUAACGCCUGAAUAUCUACAGAGUGUAUGCACGCGACUUUUCAACAGCCAGCUGAGGCAAAGCGCAGCUCAGAGCAUCGACUUCACCAGGCCUGGAACUUAUCAUGACGAGGAUGCUUCUUCAAUGCUGAGAGCAUCAAUUGCACCCAUGAAGCCUCAAGAGGUGCCCUUGUUGCCCUCUCUAGACUAUGAAAAGCUGAAGAAAGACUUGGUAUAUGGCAGUGAUCGAUUAAAAACAUUGCUGUUACAAGCCUUACGAUGGCGCUUAACUCAUUCCCGACCCGGAGAGCAGAGAGACACGGUUCUUCAGGCGUACAUCACAAAUGAUCUGUUGGACUGCUACCAAAACGGACAGAGAAAUGUUCUCCAGCUGCUUCAUUCUGAGCAUGAAGUAGUUAGACAGUACACCGCUCGCAUCAUUAAUGCUUUUGCAUCUUUAGCUGAUGGUCGGGUGUAUCUUAGCCAGAAUCCUCACUUGCUGCGCUCAUUGGAGGAAACUCUGAAAGGAGAGGAAAAGGAUUCUAUUACCAGGGAGAAUGUAUUGGGUUGUCUUCAAAAACUUAGUCUCAGACGCCCGAUGCAAUCGGCCAUGAUAAAAGAUGGCCUCAUCUUGUGGCUUGUCCAAGAGCUCAAGGACACGGAUCGUCUCUCUGACUACACAGUGGAGUAUUCUGUAGCCCUGCUCAUGAACCUCUGCUUACGCAGCGCAGGGAAGAAGAUGUGCAGUAAAAGUGCUAGCCUUGUUCUCAGAGUGCUUUCUGAUCUGCUAGGCCAUGAGAACCAUGAGAUUCGACCUUAUGUAAAUGGAGCUCUCUACAGCAUCCUUGCAGUCCCCUCAAUAAGAGAAGAAGCUAGAGCCAUGGGGAUGCAGGAGGUCCUGCGAUGUUUUAUCAAGGAAGGAAACCAAGAUAUGAAUCGUCAGAUUGAGUUUAUCAUACGGCAGCUCAACUCGGAAGAGAAAUUUGAUGAAGCUGCAGAGUCUGAUGAUGAUGAAGAAGUGGAAGAUGAAGAGGAAGAAGAUGAUGUUCUGGAGGCUGACCUUGACAAAGAUGAGGUUGUUCAACCUCAGGCUGGAGAACUAAGUGGGGAAAAGCUUCUGACUACAGAGUACCUGGGGAUCAUGACCCAUACACUGAAAGUAAGGAAGAGAAUGUUUCCUGGUAUACUGCAGAGCAUUGACGAGCCACUCCAGAGACCUGUAACCCCUAGUAGUCACCGGGCUGUGCAUACAGUGUCAGACAACAUAACCUCACAAGUAAAUCCUUCAAGCUCGUAUAGAGUCCAAAAAUUGUCAUCAAGACCCCCUACACGAAGUGGAAGCCGCCCCACCUCUGCUGGUUUUUCUGCCUCAUCAUCCAUUGAUACAGAAUCAUCCCGGCUUUUUUCUCCAAGUGCCCGGUCAGAUCACCGGGGACCCGUGUCUCCUACUUCCCCUAGAAUUCUGGAUUUGAGUUUGGAUAAAAGCAAUGGGCACAGUAACAGCAGAACUUGGCUCCCACGAAGUCCUGAAGUACAGAAUGUCAGCCCACGCAAGGCUAAGACCCCUACUAUUGCACCGCAGUUUUCACAAUCUGGACCACUACAAAGUCGCCCCAGUUCUGCUGGAUCCUCUACUCACAGCAGGCAAAGUAGCCAAUCCUACAGAAAAUGAGAAUAAGCCACUCAAUGGGAUCUGCUACCUUUAUGUGAUGACAUCAGAGAGCUAAGACUUUCCUUAACUCUCCCUUCUUUGACCUGAGUAACCAGAUCUACCUAUGCAAGUGAAAAUGUCUAUAGAAACCUGAAUCCAAAGUUUUAGGCACCCCUUAAACCAUACAAUUCAUGUGUGACACAAGUGUCCUCACAGAAAGCUAAGAUGUGAACUGUUUGGUGGGACGAUCACACUGCAGAUUUGCUUUUGCUUUUCAUUUGAUCUAUUUAUUUAUUUAUGUGGAGUGUUGGAUAUUAAAUCAUUGGAUACAGUUUAACUUUGUAUUAACUAUAAUUUUAUAUAAAAAUGUGUUUUUCCA